AUGGAUAUUGACGAAGCGAAGCUUUUUGUGGGAGGUAUAUCUCGCGAGACAAGCGAAGACACUCUAAGAAAUUACUUUGGCAAGUACGGUGUCGUUUUACACUCUCUUAUUGCCAAGGACAAAAUCACUAAAUUCCCAAGAGGGUUUGGUUUUGUUGUGUUCUCUGAUCCUUCGUCUGCUGCUAGGGCUCUUCAAGAUAAUCAUGUUAUUCUUGGAAGAACGGUAGAAGUGAAGAAAGCAAUACCCAAAAUUGAAAAACACCAAUACCACUAUCACCAGCAGCAGCAGCCCCAUGGUAACCAGGAAGCUAGUAAUGGGUUGGGCAUGAAUAGUGAUAAUAGCACUGGCUAUGAAAUCAAUAGGACUAAGAAGAUCUUUGUGGGAGGUUUAUCAUCUAGUCUAACCGAAGAACAGUUUAGAAAUUACUUUGAAAGGUUUGGUAGGACGGUAGAUGUAGUUGUGAUGCAGGAUAGUUUAACAAACAGGCCAAGGGGAUUUGGUUUUGUCACCUUUGAUUCUGAGGAAUCCGUCGACAAGGUUAUGCUGAACAGUUUUCACGAGUUGAAUGGUAAGAGAGUGGAGGUUAAGAAGGCUGUGCCGAAAGAUAGAAUUAAUGGCCAUAUUGGUAGAGGUAGUUCAAAUGGCUUCUUUGAUAAUGGUCAUCAUCCUGGAAAUCAUCCUUUCUAUGGUCCCGGAUUUGAUCCUCAUUACAAUCCUUUUCCGAUGUAUAAUGGUGCUCAUGGGUAUCUUUAUGGAACAAGUUUGUAUGGGGGUGUCUAUCCUCUGGUAGGAUAUGGAAGACCUGGUUUGGGGGUUUCCCCAAUGACCCCGAGGAACCCGUUGAUGCUUGCAGCUGGAUUGUUUCCUUACAGCAAUGCCUGUCUUUAUCCUGCUUAUGCACAUGGCAUCAGGGGUAUCGAGGUUGGUGGGCAUAAUCAUAUGGUUGAGCCUGGUGUGAAUGGUGAAGUUGAUCGGGUUCGAGGCGGCAAUGGACACUUUCCAUUUAAUGCCACUGCACCUCCGAGUGAAGAGGGCAAGGAUGGAAGUUGA